UUCAAAGUCCCGCGAACGGACUCCCGACUUAACGCAUGUAUGUUCUUUCUUUGUCACAUUUUGUUGUUGUUAGAGCUAACACUGAAUGUUUCCUCACAGUUUAAUCUCCAUAUAACCAUAUUUGGAUUUACCUUUCAUUUAAAUGUGUUUUUUUUUACUAGCCGGACUUGUGCCACAGUUGAGGAUACAUUCAUGAUUAAAUCUGCUUUUGGCGCCGUCUUCGCGUUUGAAGGUAUGGACGCACAUGGUGGCGGCCUGCCAAGUGAGCGCACAUCCGCAACCGGAAGUCCCCCGAGAUCGUCCUCAUGACCUCCUCCAAGUGCUCCCUGCCCUCGGCAGACCCUCCCUCGGCUCCGUCUCUGAAAUUUGGAGCUAACAUGGGAGAGAGACGGGCGCGCUCCUUCCACAUGACGUGCCACCUGCAGCGGGACUACGGCACCAGGCUGGGGGGCUCCUUCGCCCGCUACAGCCCCAACGGCUACGCCGGCACCAGCCUCAGUCUGGACCAGGAGACGGAUGCUGAGGAUUCGCCACCCGUGGCCGGCGGGGGCCUCGUUCCCGAAAUGGGCCGCUACUCUCCUAUUUCACUGGAACUGGACCCCGCGGCGGUGAAUAAUGAAUCAGGCGUCCCCCGCUGUCCAGCGGCCAAGGACCGGGCGGCCCUGCAGAUCGGCCACGACCAGCUCCCCGCCGCCUCGGCACCUCUGCCGCGUUCCAGCUGGCUGCAUCGCCACCAGAAGGAGUUCCAGCGGCCGUACGUCAAGACCAGCAUGCAGGGCGAUGUUUACAACUUCCUGGAGAGACCCGCCGGACUGAAAUGUUUCCUCUACCACUUCCUCGUCUUCCUCAUGGUCCUGGUGUGUCUCAUCUUCAGUGUCCUGUCCACAAUCGAGCAAUAUGCCGACUUUGCCUCCGGAUCUCUUUACUGGAUGGAAAUUGUGCUGGUGGUGUUCUUCGGCAGCGAGUACGUGGUGCGGCUGUGGUCGGCCGGCUGCCGCAGCAAAUACGCCGGCCUCAGAGGACGCCUCUGCUUCAUCAGGAAGCCCAUCUCGAUCAUAGACUUGAUUGUGGUCAUCGCCUCCAUCAUUGUGCUCGCCGUGGGUUCCAAUGGCCAAGUUUUCGCCACAUCUGCCAUCAGAGGCAUCCGUUUCCUGCAAAUCCUGCGCAUGCUACAUGUGGAUCGACAGGGUGGAACGUGGAGGCUCCUGGGAUCGGUGGUCUUCAUCCAUCGGCAGGAGCUGAUAACCACACUCUACAUCGGCUUCCUGGGCCUGAUCUUCUCAUCCUACUUUGUCUACUUGGCGGAGAAGGAUGCUGUGGAUGAGGAGGGCAAGACGGGCUUCUCCAGCUAUGCUGAUGCCCUGUGGUGGGGCGUGGUGACCGUGACCACGAUCGGCUACGGCGACAAGAUUCCCCAAACGUGGAUCGGCAAGGCCAUCGCGUCCUGUUUCAGCGUCUUCGCCAUCUCCUUCUUUGCUCUGCCGGCUGGUAUCCUGGGAUCCGGUUUCGCCCUGAAGGUCCAGCAGAAGCAGAGACAAAAGCACUUCAAUCGACAAAUCCCCGCCGCGGCAUCGCUCAUCCAGACGCUUUGGCGCUGCUACGCGGCCGAGAAACCCAACGGCUGCGCGGCCACGUGGAAAAUGUACGUGCUGACCCCGGAGGGCAUCAGAGCGGCCGAGUUGGACAACUCCAGCCCCACCGUCAGGAAGCUCAACAUAUCGAAAAAAGGCCCCAAGAGGAGGCUGAAGUCGUUGCGAGGCAACGGCUCCCUCGGUGUGUCGUCGGAGCGGGCCGUGUCCAUUCCCCAAAUCACCUACGAUCACAUUGACGACUCGGCGGAGAAGAAGGACGUCUCCUUCUUCGCGGAGGAGCCCACCAACACUGUGGAAGGACUCACUCGGAUGUUCAAACAAACAGGCCCUCGUCAUCAUUCUUGGUCGUCUUUCACUCUGAGCUGUCCUUCCUCUCCAGUGAAGUUGAGCCACGACAACAGCAUGUCCAUGGACAUCACCCGCACUAGCAGCCUGACUGACGAACUGGACUGCAUGUGUGAGGAUAUUCCCCUCUCUGCCAUGACGGACAACGCUCAUCUUUUGACCUGCCCGUUCGUGGCAUCGGUCCAGGACUCUUUCUCAACUCACCACUUGAAUUCCACAAGGUUGUCUCACGCCCAGAGGUCCGCUGUGAAAGUCCUGCGUCGCAUGCAAUACUUUGUGGCCCGCAAGAAGUUUCAGCAAGCGCGCAAGCCGUACGACGUGCGCGAUGUGAUCGAGCAGUACUCGCAAGGUCAUCUCAACAUGAUGGUGCGCAUCAAGGAGCUGCAGAGAAGGUUGGACGGCACACUGGGGAAGCCGGGAAUGUUCCUCCCAGGUAAAGGAGAAGAUAAAGAAUUCCCGACAAUCGGCGCGCGACUGAUCCGGCUGGAAGAUAAGGUCUACCAGAUGGACCAGAAAAUGGACUCGGUUCUACGGAUGCUCACGGAGCAGUUCCUGCCCAAGCCGGAGAUCAUUUCCAGGCCCUCCAUCCGUCGGGUGACCAUCCAGAAGCGCAUGGGGGUCAGCAUCGACGAAGGCCUCUAAAGGUUCCGCCCCCAACCUCCUCAUUCUGAAUUUUAACAUGAACCUACAAGAGAAAAACCAAGAGCAGGAAUCACAAUGGUCGCUCAUCUAGCCCCUUUUUUGGGUCUUAUCUUCGGGGUCGAGAUCCUGUUACAUUCCCUGGCACCUUCCAAAGCCGUGACUCCAUUUGCCAUUUAUUUUCCUAAAGGGAAUUUAUGUGUGCCCGCUCCUCUCUUCCUAAUAUUAUUCCUACGCUAGCUAGCGAGCGAGCAAGCAAGCAAGCAAAGCACUGACAUUCCCCAAAUGUGGAGUCCAUGCUGCGACGCAGGCAUUCCACAAAUCAUUCCAUUUAUCUUGGCAUCGUCCACACACACACACACACACACACGGCCAUCUAGAUUUAGACUUUGUUUGUUAGAGGUGAUCGAAUAACACGAGCAGGGGAGGACUUCAUUCAGCCCAGCGCUAUCGUGUCCUGUUUGGAAAUAUGACUUGCACUGAAGCUAAUAAAACAAAAAAAUGGCUGCAGCAGGGACGGACCUCUCUUGGCAGAGUUGUGUUUACGCUGGAAUUGUUCAAAUGUCCAUCAAUCAUCUUUAAGCAGCACCGGCGGGAAUCUUCUUUAUAUCCUCCCAGGACCUACUUUAAGGGGCUUUUUGUAGUUUCAAAUAACUCCGGUCCAAACUGUGGUCCAAAAAUGAGCCAAGAAUUCGGUACGUAACCAGAAACGAGCGGGGGAGACUGCUCAUCGUUUGUCCUUUCACGUAAUGAAUGUUAUUCAUGAUAACCGAGCGAAAUAGAAAAUAAACAAUGGUUGGAAAUAAUCUAGGCAACCAGCAGGGGGCAGAAGAGGAACUUUCGGUCAAGUCCAGUUCAGAUGGCCUUGUGUGAAUACGCCCUGGGGGGGCAUCAGCUGAUCUCAGUUUUUGUUUUCUUAGGCGUUUUGUUUGUGUAUAAAGCAAAAGUACUCAUAAAAAGGAAGCUUCACAACUUUGUUUUACUCGCUUUACUGUUCACAACUGUGGUAGAACUUCAAUUUAAUGCUGCUAGUGAAUUCAUUACCUGUACAGUAUUUAAAAAGUUUGAAAAUCCUCCUGGAACGAUUUGUGAGUCCUGGUGUUUUGAAAAAAUGUGUAUUGAUGCAAUAACCCACCUCGCUUAUCUUCUCUUCUGUACAGUUUUGUAAGCGAUGUAAAUAGAGACGUUGCCUUAUUGCACUGUAAUUAUGAUCCCGUGGAAACGUCGGCACUGGAAAUUAUUGUAAAUGAUACGCACUCUCAAUAGCUUUGUUGUCAAUCAUUAAAAAGGUGAAACA